ACUGGAAGUCAGGCUAAACGGGGUCUUUUUUUAAGCUUUUAGGUAGCAGCAAAAGUAACGAAGUGUUGUCUUACGCUUACAGUGGUGGGAAUGGCCUAGCAAAUAUGUAAAUGUCAGUUUGGUAUGUUUGCUUAGUCGAACAGUGGCCUGAUGCUUAUGGAGAAAUGCAAAGCAACAUGGAAGAAACUUAACCGUGCCUCUAGCCUUGUCCAUUAUCGUUAACUUUAGAAACCUCACUUUCAAUUCAUCCUUAAUUACCACACGCGGGCUGCACUGCAAUGAGAUGUUGAAGACCUCUGUGCAGCAAGGAGAAAACACUACGCAGCCUGCACUUCAACGAUGAAAGCUUUCAAAAUAUAACCUGCUCAGAUUUAAUGAAGGAACCUGUUUGCUUAGGUUUAUGUGAGCAUAUGCUGUGCAGGUCCUGUGCUGGGCCACGUGCAGGAGAUGGCUGUGUGGUGUGUCACAGCCCUGCGUGGGUGAAGGACAUCCAAAUCAACAGGCAGCUCAGCAGCAUCGUAGAACUCUUCUGUGGCUUAGAGUCCCUGCUCAAUCCUAUUAAAAAUCCAGACUCAUCUGUGGCUGAGAUUCAGCCUGAUGGCCCUGUACUUAAAAACAAGAAGAAUUUUAAAAUCUGGUUCAGUCCCCGCAGCCGCAAGGUACGCUGCACAGUCCAAAAGGCUGCAGAGAUCACCGUACCGGACAGCAGGUCUCCUGGAGAAACAGCUGCAGCACAGCAAGACACCCUCACUGCUCAAUGCCAGGACCUGUCAGUUUUCAAUUUCACCUCGUCCUCCCAAGACUCCGGCUCCUCUUCUUCUCCAAGAUACAACAGUGAAGCAACAAACAACAGGAAGAAGAGGUCAACUAAGAAAAAUGCUACCAGCAGGAAUGUCCCGGUGCAAGGAGCCACCAGAACCACACGAAAACAGACGAAGGAAAUUGUGAAGAAGAAAAGGUUAGAAGCCAUAAACCAGCAAUGGGGAAUCUCAGAAGAGGCUCAUCUCUCUGAAAAUGAGCAGGUGUGUGCUGAUGGAGCAAGAAGGUCCAGUAAAAGGGUUUCUUUCCUAAGCCCUGUUGUCACUUAUGAUGGGCCUCAGCCUGAGAUGGCACAGCAGAGCACUGACAAACUCAGUCCUGCCAAGAGCACAGUGAGAGAGAGUCUCUCAGAAGGCAGCGAGACUGUACUGAAUUGCCAAACCGAACCUGUUCAACCCUCGCUGGAAAGUGCCUUUCAGCAUGACCAGCUGUCUGCAGAUGUACCCAAACCAAAUGAUAACCCCAAAAAACCCAAGAACGUGUCUCCAUCCAAGCAUUCCUCAAAAAGAUCCAGGACCGAAGAAAGAAACAGCACUUUGGACAACACUCCAAAAAGACCAAGACCUUCUCCAGGCAGAAGGGGGAGAAAAUCAUUGAGUCCGAUCUCUCCAGUUGUGCUAAAUCCUCCAUCUCUGACUACCCCUAAGAGCACCAAAAAGUCCAGAAAAGAGGGCAGGGACAGCCCCUCUGUUCAAGCCAGCCCCUCCACAGAAAGUUACAGGAGAUCUCCCUGUUUUAAUGGUGCAUCUGUUGGACGGCCCAGUCCAGGAAGCCCUGCAGUUAUGAAGAGGAACCACAAGGGAGAGACCCUGCUUCAUCUAGCUGCAAUCAAGGGAGAUGUAAAGGCUGUCAAGGAUCUUCUGGAUCAGGGGGCUGACCCUAACCUAAAAGAUAAUGCGGGGUGGACACCUCUGCAUGAAGCAUGUAACCUGGGUCAUCUGGCAGUUGUGGAAGUACUGGUCUCAAUGGGAGCCCUCUUGAACACGCCUGGGUAUGAGAACGACUCCCCACUCCACGAUGCUGUCAGGAAUGGACAUUCAUCUAUUGUAAAGCUACUAUUGCAGCUUGGCGCCUCACAGAACGUAUUAAAUCUGUAUGGAAAGCGGCCUGCAGAUUAUGCAGCGAGUCUGGAGAUGCUGGAGAUUUUCCAAGAAGCCUCAGAAGGAACUCAAUAUGCAAAUGCUCGUACAUCUCAUAGCCCCUCAGCCAGUCUCUCCGUGGUAAAUGACUGUGUGAGGAGGGAACAAACCAUAGUGCUUUUGUCCAGCAAGCUCUCACCAGCUGAACGGCAUCAACUGGUCAAACUGGGACAGCUACUGGGAGGGAGGAUGGCUGACACAUUUUCUGGCUCAGUGAGUCACAUUGUGGUGCCGGAAAGGCAAAUGCCAACCACCUACUCCACCCUCAUGGGUCUUCUUGCUGGCUGCUGGAUUGUUAGAUACAAAUGGGUGGAGGCAUGUCUCCAGGCGGGGAAGUGGGUGCCUGAAGCUGAGCAUGAAGCAGGAGAAGGCCCCCAGCGCAGUCGCAUCAACAGAUGCAGCUUGCUUCCACCACUGUUCGAUGGAUGUUUCUUCUUCCUUCUUGGCUCUUUUAAGACGCCUACCAAAGAUGAGCUCACAAAACUGCUCAGGGAGGGAGGAGCUCAGCUACUGAACCGGCAACCCAAGCCAGACAGUGAUGUGACACAAACUGUGAAUGCCGCAGCCUAUCAUGCCCUGCCAGGGUCUGACCAGGCCCUUUGCACACAGUACAUCAUCUAUGACCCUCAAGGCCCUCACAAGCCUGCAGUAGUGAGACGAGGCAAGGUGUGGUCAGCUCCCACCACCUGGGUCAUCAACUGCAUCACUGCCUUCAGCCUCCUCCCUGUACCAGACCCUGAACUAUUGGUCUAAAUUUGUUAAAUAAUUAUGUUUGCACCAAACAACUUACCCAUAAGCAUGGCCAUAAUGUGUAUGUAUGUCUUUUUUGUUGUUGUUUAAUCUAUGGAGAUUAAGUGGAUAUAGCGAGUCAUAUACAGAAUAAAUAAAUAAUAAAACGAUAA